GCUCCCUCUCUCUCUCUCUUCGUCUCUCCAAUAUGGCGUGCUUGAAGCUUCUCCACCGCUAGGGCUCUUGCGUCGCGGCAAAGAAUCACCGAUCCGGCUGCUACGCGGAAGCGAGGAGAUUUUGACGCGGCAUCGAGCGGAGUUGCGUUACUCCACCACUCCAGUAGGUUCUUUCGAUCUCUUGGAUGAUCUUUGUGAGGCGCUGCUCGUCUGAUUGAUCUCUCCAAGAACCAUGGGGGAGAAAGCGUACCCGGCGUGGGCCAGGAGCGUAGAAGAAUGUGCCAGGGAUGUCGGGGUUGACCCCAGCAAGGGGCUGUCAGGGGAGGAGGUGAUUGCCAGGCGCGAGAGGUAUGGCUGGAACGAGCUCAAGCGCGAGCGCGGCAAGCCCCUGUGGAAGCUGGUGCUGGAGCAAUUCGACGACACGCUGGUGAGGAUUCUCCUCGGCGCGGCGGUGGUCUCCUUCCUCCUCACUUACAUCGAUGGGAAGAACAAGGGGGCCGAGUCGGAGCUCACAGCCUAUGUGGAGCCGCUGGUGAUCGUCAUGAUCCUCAUCAUCAACGCUGUGGUCGGGGUUUGGCAAGAGAGCAAUGCCGAGCGAGCCCUGGAGGCGCUCAAGGAGAUGCAGCCCGAGAAUGCGAAGGUCUUGCGGGAUGGCCAGCUUUUGGGCGAUCUCCCGGCGAGGGAGCUGGUUCCAGGGGACGUGGUGGAGCUCAGAGUCGGGGACAAAGUUCCAGCGGACAUGCGAAUUGCAAGUCUCAAGACGUCGACGUUUCGGAUCGAGCAGAGCUCGCUGACUGGCGAGAGCGUUCCAGUGAUCAAGGGGCUCCAGGCGGUGGAGUCCGAGGAUAUAGAGCUCCAGGGGAAGGACUGCAUGGUGUUCGCCGGGACGACGGUGGUGAAUGGUUCGUGCUUUUGCAUCGUGACUAGCACCGGGAUGAACACCGAGAUUGGGAAGAUCCAGGCACAGAUUCAAGAGGCGGCUCUGGAAGAGGACGACACGCCACUCAAGAAGAAGCUGGACGAGUUUGGCGAGCGCCUCACGUUUGUCAUCGGGAUGAUCUGCCUGCUGGUGUGGGUCAUCAACUACAAGUACUUCCUUUCGUGGGACGUCGUGGGAGGCUGGCCCCGCAACGUUCGUUUCUCUUUCGAGAAGUGCACGUACUACUUUGAGAUCGCGGUGGCCUUGGCCGUGGCUGCCAUACCGGAGGGGCUCCCGGCCGUGAUCACCACCUCCCUCGCGCUGGGGACUCGCAAGAUGGCUCAGAAAAACGCGAUUGUUCGAAAGCUUCCCAGCGUCGAGACACUGGGCUGCACCACGGUGAUCUGCUCGGACAAGACUGGGACGCUAACCACGAACCAGAUGUCCGUUAUGGAGUUUGCUGGGAAUGGCGGAUCCGCCGGAGAGGUGCGAGAGUUUAGUGUGGAAGGGACGACUUAUAAUCCAGACGAUGGAGAGAUUCUAGGACUGCCCGUAAGCAUGGAUAGAAACUUGCAGACUAUUGCGCAAAUCGCCGCGGUCUGCAAUGACGCUGCCAUUACGUACAAAGGUGGCCAGUUUCGGGCAUCUGGCAUGCCGACCGAAGCAGCUCUCAAGGUUUUAGUGGAGAAGAUUGGGCUACCGGACGCGAAGGAAUACGUCAAAAUCGUCAACCAGCGGCAAAGAACGGACUAUACGUCUGACAAUGGUGCAGCAGUUAACUUAGGGUGUUGCGACUGGUGGUUUCGUAGAGUGAAGCGAGUUGCCGCACUUGAAUUCGACCGUUACCGAAAAUCUAUGAGCGUGAUCGUGCAAAACAGCUCCGGUCAAAGCACCUUGCUUGUGAAGGGUGCUGUGGAGAAUGUUUUGGAGAGGUGUUCAUUUAUGCAGCUCAUGGAUGGUACCGUGGUGGAACUUGACAAUGCAUCUCGGGCUGCUAUACUUUCCAAGCUUAAUACGAUGAGCUCGAAAGCACUACGCUGCCUGGGACUAGCAUAUAAAGACGAUCUAGGCGAACUUAGCACGUACGACGGAGAGAGCCACCCGGCCCAUAAGAAACUUCUCGACCCUUCAAACUAUUCCGCCAUCGAAAGUGAUCUGGUUUAUUGCGGGAUGGUUGGUUUGCGAGAUCCACCACGGGACGAAGUAAAAUCCGCUAUGGACGAUUGCAGGGAGGCUGGUAUUCGUGUCAUGGUCAUUACAGGUGAUAACAAAAACACUGCUGAGGCCAUCUGCCGAGAAAUCGGCGUCUUUUACAACGGUGAAAGCCUGGCGGGGAAGAGUUUCACCGGGAAGGAUUUCAUGGCAUUAUCUACUGAACAAAGAUGCAAAGUGCUCUCAGGAAGCGGAGGACGGGUGUUUUCUAGAGCUGAACCCAGGCACAAGCAAGAGAUAGUUCGGAUGCUGAAGGACGCAGGUGAAGUCGUGGCUAUGACUGGCGAUGGAGUGAACGAUGCUCCUGCGUUGAAGCUGGCCGAUAUUGGCAUUGCUAUGGGAAUAACUGGAACAGAGGUAGCAAAAGAAGCUGCAGACAUGGUGUUGGCAGACGAUAACUUCAGCACGAUUGUAUCAGCCGUUGCAGAAGGUCGUUCAAUCUACAACAACAUGAAAGCUUUUAUAAGGUACAUGAUAUCUUCCAAUAUCGGAGAAGUCGCUUCAAUCUUCUUGACGGCUGCAUUGGGAAUGCCCGAAGGCCUGAUCCCAGUCCAGCUUUUGUGGGUGAACCUCGUGACAGAUGGUCCUCCAGCAACAGCUCUGGGCUUCAAUCCACCCGACUUAGGCAUCAUGAAGAAACCUCCACGUAAAAGCAACGACAAGCUCAUCAACGCUUGGGUGCUUCUCCGCUACAUGGUCAUUGGACUCUACGUUGGUGUUGCCACCGUCGGCAUCUUCGCCCUGUGGUACACCCAUGACUCCUUCCUUGGAAUCGACUUGUCGAGCGACGGUCACAGCCUGGUCACAUUCUCCCAGCUCACGCACUGGGGAGAGUGCCCGACAUGGGAAGGCUUCACAGUCGCUCCAUUCACGGUAGGCUCGAGGAUCUAUUCCUUCGACAGCAACCCCUGUGACUACUUCGCGGCGGGUAAAGUCAAGGCGACGACGCUCUCGCUGUCCGUGCUGGUGGCCAUCGAGAUGUUUAACUCACUCAACGCGCUCUCGGAGGAUGGGAGCCUGUUGGUGAUGCCUCCAUGGCGGAAUCCGUGGCUGCUGGUUGCGAUGGCAGCGUCGCUGGGCCUCCACUUCAUCAUUCUUUACGUCCCGCUCCUGGCACAGGUUUUCGGGAUCGUGCCACUGAGCUGGAGGGAAUGGCUACUGGUUUUGGUGGUGUCCCUCCCGGUGAUCCUCAUCGAUGAAGUUCUCAAGUUUCUGGGCCGGAGGAUGGCCGAGUCCGAGAGGACGAGGCGGAAGCUCAAGUUGGCUUGAGCUUGAGCUUCCUUUCGGGUGGCUGGACUGACCACCUCUUGUAUACUCACUCCUCUACAGGCUUUGUCGAUUGGAGAGAAGAAUUCUUUUUUCAGUUUUCCUUCCA